CGCCUGGGUGCUACCAUGAGAGCCCCGCUUGAGAAAGAAGCAGGGAGCAUCCUGUUUGUGUUCAUGUCUGGGACGGGGCUGGUCAUUUAUCCAGAAAUUGGGGACAAACUGGACAUAAUCUGUCCAAAGGCAGAGCCAUCCAAACCGUAUGAGUACUACAAGUUGUACCUAGUGAAACGGGACCAAGCCGAGUCCUGCAGCACUGUCAUGGACCCCAACGUGCUGGUGACCUGCAACAGGCCUGAGCUGGAAAUCCGUUUUACCAUCAAAUUUCAGGAGUUCAGCCCCAACUACAUGGGCUUGGAAUUCAAGAGACACCAGGAUUACUUUAUCACAUCCACGUCCAAUGGGUCUCUGGAAGGCUUGGAGAACAGAGAAGGCGGGGUCUGCCAAACACGCUCCAUGAAGAUCAUCAUGAAAGUGGGACAGGAUCCCAAUGCCGUGAUGCCAGAGCAGCUGACAACAAGCCGGCCCAGCAAGGAUUCAGACAAGACAGUGAAAAUUUCUACGCAGAGCCCCCGUAACAGAAUCCCACCUGUUGUGGAGGACCCAGGGAGGCCAGACCCUGUUAACCAAGAUGGCCAGGAUACCCAAAGACCAGCUGAUGGAUUCUUCAGCUCCAAGGUGGCCGUGUUUGCUGCGAUUGGGGCUGGCUGUGUCAUUUUCAUCCUCAUCAUCAUCUUCCUCAUCGUCCUCCUCAUCAAGAUCCGAAAACGGCACCGGAAGCACACGCAGCAGCGGGCGGCAGCCCUCUCGCUCAGCACCCUGGCCAGCCCCAAGGGCAGCGGCAACGCAGGCUCCGAACCGAGCGACAUCAUCAUCCCCUUGCGGACUACAGAGAACAACUAUUGCCCUCAUUAUGAGAAAGUGAGCGGAGACUACGGGCACCCUGUCUACAUUGUCCAGGAGAUGCCCCCACAGAGCCCAGCUAACAUUUACUACAAGGUUUGAGGACAAACCUUGGCAGCCCCCACCGCAAAGCACUAGGGGCGCGAGGGAGGAGCGAUCUGCAUGCCUGGCAGUGGGGUGCCCUCUCGUGCACGCCCCUCUCUUAAUUAGCAUUUAGCCUUGUAGUUUGGAGCUUUUUAGACCCCGGAUUUGAGCAGGAGGGGAGCCGUCCUCUUGCCCCCCUCUCUCCCAGCCUGUUUUAUGGCCCUCAUUUGGGCUCUGUGCCUUUCUCGCUCUUGAACCCACUGAGGAAACCCCAAGAUGGCCGCCGCUUCAGUUUGGUGGGGGUAGAUUUUCCAGCUGCUUGUUGGGUUGUCGUACGUACUUUUUCUUCGGGGCAUUGGGAGAGGGCAGCCACACUGAGGCUGGCAUUUGAAAGGGAGGGGCGUGCCAGCUUUGGGCCUUGCUGAGAAAGGAAGCUGUCUGGCCCUACCUUUUAUACAUAUUAUAAUUCUAAAGUAUUUUUUGUAACUUUUUAAAACAUUGUGAAAGAUUGGACUUCUGAACUGCCUCCUGCGGUUUUCCAGCACAAGCUCUUCUGCAGGCCUUCCUCCCCCACCCCACCUCGGGGCUCACACCCUCGUCCCUCUGGACGGUCACCUUCUGAUCCUCUGUGUCCACUGUGAGGAAAGUGGACUGCUUCGGUUUUGGUCCUUUUUGCUAAUUUAUGAAACAAAAAAAGUUUUGUUUUGUUUUGUUUUGUUUUGUUUAAAAAGAAAACCUGCAAAGUUUGCGGUGGUCAGUUGAGGAGAGAACCCAGUUCCGAACGCUAACAGGAAGGGGUGUCCUGCUCCCCUGGGGAAAGAGUCGGACGGCUGUCCUGCUCACGCAUUCAGGAGCCUCCCUCUCCCACACCGGGGGUGCAGGUGGGCGAGGGCAUCGGACGGUGCUUCGUUACGGUGGCCUCCGUGAGUUCCAGACUCCGUUCUCCCUCAGUGGUCCAGAACCGCGGAGUGCAGGAGACGCAUUCCUGGGAUCCAGCAGCCCUCUUGGUUGCUUCCAGGCAUCCUGUGCAAGGGAGCUCAGCUUUUGGCCCUGUUUCAGGAGGAGGUAGCUGAGCAGACCUCUUGCCCCUUGCCCGGAUCCAUUCUCCUUUAUGCCCAACUGCAGGAUGUGGUACCUCCCCUCCCCCCCGCACCUCUUUGGUCCUGGCCCACAUCCCCGAGCUCUUCAUUGGUUCACUCACUGACGGUGACUUCUGUGGCCUCCGAGGACUCUGAAGGCAGAUCGAUUUGCUCUGUGCCACUUCACGGGAGAGAAAGAGCCUCUCUCUGUACACGAAGCGGGGCUCAGCUCUUCUGGCAGCAUCAGCACCCCCGGGGGUUGCUGCGGUCAGGGCACGAGCGCCAAUCAAAGACCCUGCUCCAUCCUCGCCACGCUUUUGCCCGCCCUGGAGGGGGUGAGGUCUCACCCCUCCAUGGGUGGAAGGAAGCCUGCACUCCAUUUGCCUCAUGCCCCUGUGCCUGCUUGGCUGCAGCAUCCCCGAGCUCUGUGCUCUUUUCCAUGGCCAUGUUGCACCUGUCAUGCCAGAAGCCUUACUUUGCAUGGAGAGGAUGGCGUGUCUUUCUCUGAUGGAGUGCACUUGCGCGUCUUGCCCUCCCCUCCCCUCCCCUCCCCUCCCCUCCCCUCCCUCUCCUCCUUUUCAUGAGAGAGUCCUUCAUUGUACACCGUUGCAGUGCACUGUCCGCCCCAAGGAUGGGCCGCCCAGCUUGGCCGGUCCCACAACUCCACCAAAGCCUUACUUCUGCUUCGCAGUUGAUGGCUUGAGUCUGCUUCCAAACAGCCACUCAGGGAGCCGCUCUGGAGGACAUCCUGGGACUGCAGAAGCAGCUGUAGCGUCUCAGCUGACAUCACGCUGCGCUCAUAAACCUGCCUGCCUUCCCUUUUUGAGACUAACUUUUGCAAUAACCUGGUCUGGGCAGAAGGGGUGGCAAGAUGCUACUUUGGCCUCAGCGGUGCUCUCGGGCCCUAACUGGCUGACCAGUUGCUCUUCUCAAGAGACGGGUCUAUCCGAAGCCACUCUGGUUUGCCCCGUCCGGCCCUCCCCCUUCAGGAUCUCUAUGCAGGAUAUGAAAAGGGUGUGUGUGUGUGUGUGUGUGUGUGUGUGUGUGUGUCUGUCUGUCUGUCUGUCUGUCUGUAAGGGCUUAGGUAAUUGUGCACUUUGAAGCGUGUUCAGUGGAGAUCAGCCAAGGAUUCAAGUUUCUCAGGGCUCCACAGAUAAUCGACAGGUAUUUUUAGUAGUGGUAGUAGUAGCGUUCUUUUUAAAAUGUAAUCGCUUUUGGAAGACUCUUCCCAUAUCCCAUUAUUAUCUUAUGCCCAAACGGAAGGAUGUUUGUGGGGAUAGGAUUGCCGAAAUCCUUCUCUUGGGAUGGGUGGCCAGGAGGGAAGCCCCCUACAGCUGGGGGAAGGGUGGCUUCCCCCACAGCUGCAGAUCCAGGGCAGGGGAAGCAUUUAGACGGACUUGCUUUGUCUCUCCUGCAGCACAGAUUCGCUUCUUGAAUCGACUGGUUUCGUACCGAUACUCAGAUUUUGCAGCCUUCGGCCUGCCGAAGCCACAGGAGGGGUCAGAGGCCCUGCAGGGCCACUUCUGAAAUUUGGAAGAACUGACUCCGGAGCAUUCUUGGAAAGGGAACCGUGCACCCAGCACAAUCCAUCUGAAGAAGGGUGGGGGUGGGGAGAUUGAGUGGUUGCAGCGCUUAAACUUUUAAAUUUUACCCAGGGUGCAGCAAAAAAUAGGGAGAGAUAUAAGAUGCCAACUGCAGUUCUUAAUACAGCCUUUCAAGAAAACUACAAUGUGAACGUCAUAGGAAUUCCACACGGUUUAUUUUCCUUUGUGUGCAGAAAUGGAAAACUCUGGGUGAUGCUCCCUUCCUGCUCCAUGCCGACCAACAAAAUAAGAAACACAUGAUGAGUUCUAUGCAGUUACUUGCAUGCAAUUCAUUUUGUUUAGGGAAUUUUGCCUUGUGUGAAAUCCUCUCCAGUGUGACGUCUCCUUUCCUACACACACAGAUUUGGGGGGAGGUGAGGGGGAGCCUUAAUUGCCAGAGGCAAGUGGGAUGGCAGAACCUCCAGCUCAAGUUGGGGGGUGGGGGCGUUCGCUUGCUGCCCCCACCAUAAAAUGAACAAAGUAACUGAGCUGUGGGCAGCCAAAUCAAUUUGUAAAAUGGGUGUUAGGGAUGACAUUAUGCCUUUGGGGUCUUGGGUUUUUUAGCACCUCUAUCUGCUGAAUCCUAAAACAGUCCUUUUUUGUUCAUCUUUCCCCCAUCAAAAGGGAUUUUUUUUAAUUUUGAGGUUUUAUUUUAUGUAAAUAACCAGUCUUUCUUGGAAGGUAUAAUGUAAAGAGGUUUUGUAUAAACUCUGGGUUAUUUUCUGGUUGCUUUUCUUAGAAAAAAAUGAAAACAAAUUAAAAAAUAAGGGAAAAAAUCAACCACAAGAACGGGUGUUCAAACAUUUGUCACGUUACAGUCCAUCUACAUCCAUCCAUCACAAAAGGAUGCAUCCUGGAUGUGUAACUAGCACACUCUGCUCCUGAAAGACCCCCCCAUGCCCCCUCCUCCCAAAAUGUCUGGAGCUCACCAGAGGGGCUCACCGAAACCGCAGGCAGGAGGACUGAGGCUGAGACUCCACCAAGUCCAGGGCCUUGCAGCUCUGGAGCCCCUUGGCUGGAGGCCCAGCCCUUCCUUGCCCCGGAGGACUCGGCUGGUGCCCGAAGCUGAGGCCCUGGGUCUGUGGGCUGGAGAGGGCUGGCUUUCCGCACUCUUGGCGUUGCCUCUGGACAGCUGCCGGGGCCCUGGCCGCCCAUAGGGCAUCCCACCCGUGGGGUAAUUGAGUUCACAUUGCCCCAGCAGCCUUUUGGGGCUCUGCCAGCAUUUUAUCCCCAUGAAAACCCCAUGAGGCAGGUUCCGCAGAGAGGGACAGGCCAGCCUUUGCCCAGCUCCCUCCGGCUGACCUCCCCCUCGGCUGAAGCUCACCAGUAAAAGCCUCCGCGGUGGGGCAGAGUUGGGGGGAGGGUCACAGACAGCGGCGUGCAUGGUUCUCUGCAAGGACGCACUGUUGAAGCCCCCCACUAUCUUACUCUGAGGGGAGCAAGAGGGAGCACCCCUUGGGGGCAGGUGUGGAGGGCCACCUGAGAGAAGGCGCAUUUCCCUUUCCUUCCCUGGGAGCGGCCUGUGCCACCCAGCAGGCUCAGAGGCAUUUCCACAGCUGGUCUGAUGGGUCGCAACUUGCCAGUGUUGGCAGCUGUGGUGGGAAUAUAUACUGGCCCCAAAGGAAUUGGA